GCCGCUGCCGCCAUGUUUAGUUGUUACUUCUUCACACAAGAUGGCGGCUCCCAGGGAGGAGGCAUGAUCGCCCUGCCGUUACCGCUCCUCCUGCCGUACAGUUGCCACUUCGGGGCCUAACUCUGGCUCUUUGGAGCGGCUCCUGUGGGAAGGAGUAAUAAGGACGGAAGCGAGGAUCGGACACUGCCUUGCGUUUGGUUUGCAGUGGAAGAACUGACCCAGGAGGAAGAGAAUAGGGGGGGAAGGGGGAGUUAGUCUCAAGAUGGCGGCUCCCAGGGCGUCAGGCGCAGUCUGAGCAGCAGAGGCGGACUCGGGAGAGAGGUUCGAGACCUCACGAGCUGUACGGCGCGAGUCUCCGAGCAGCCCCCGAGAAUUCGAGUUCGUUCCACCGGCCUCCGGCGCGCCUCUGUCCCUUACGAGUGUCGAGGCUGUUUCGGGAGCGGCGGCUGCACUAAGCGCAGGGCGGGGAAGCGGGACGGUCUCAAGAUGGCGGCUCCCACAAUUGUGGUGUGAGCGCCGGCGGGGCAGAGACAACCGCGGUGCUUGUGGCUCCUUUCCACCCGCCCCGGAAGCCGGCCAGUGCAGGGGACUUGGGGGGUGUGGGAACCGGGCCGGGGCUCCGCCAUUUCCGGCGGGGGAGGGCUACGACUGAGGAAGGGAGGAGAGAGAGGCGGCUCAAGAUGGCGGCUCCCAGGGCCUCCCGCCCGAGCUUGUAAGCGGGAGAGUCCGAGCGAGUAGUCGGGGCGGCGGGACUUGGCGGCCUCCAGCUUCUCGGGGCUAGGCGCUCGAAAGUUUCGGGAGGCUCUUGAAGAGACGGGGUGAGCUAGAAGAAGGGGAAGAGCCGAAGGGAAGGAGGGUAGUUAAGAUGGCGGCCUCCAUGGAGCCGUCCACCGCUGUGUGAGGAACCGCUUCUCCGUGAGAGCUACCUUAGACGAAAGGGGGUGUGUGUGAGAGGAAUUGGGGGGCUCCCUUCUCGCUUGGUGACUUUUUCCCACUACGGCCUUUCCCGGAACUAUGGCUUCGGCCGUGUCGCCCGCCAACUCGCCAGCGGUGCUUCUGCAGCCCCGCUGGAAGCGAGUGGUGGGCUGGUCGGGUCCAGUGCCCCGGCCGCGCCACGGCCACCGAGCCGUGGCCAUCAAGGAACUCAUCGUGGUGUUUGGCGGCGGCAACGAGGGGAUAGUGGACGAACUGCACGUGUACAACACGGCGACUAACCAGUGGUUCAUCCCAGCCGUGAGAGGGGACAUUCCCCCCGGGUGCGCAGCCUAUGGCUUCGUGUGCGAUGGGACGCGCCUGCUGGUGUUCGGCGGGAUGGUGGAGUACGGGAAGUACAGCAACGACCUCUACGAGCUGCAGGCAAGCCGAUGGGAAUGGAAGAGACUCAAAGCAAAAACGCCCAAAAACGGCCCGCCCCCAUGUCCUCGGCUCGGGCACAGCUUCUCCCUUGUGGGCAAUAAGUGCUACCUGUUUGGGGGCCUGGCCAACGACAGUGAGGACCCCAAGAACAACAUUCCGAGGUACCUGAAUGACUUGUACAUCCUGGAACUACGGCCAGGCUCCGGCGUGGUGGCCUGGGACAUCCCCAUCACGUAUGGUGUCCUGCCUCCCCCCCGGGAGUCACACACUGCUGUGGUCUACACUGAGAAGGACAAUAAGAAGUCCAAGCUCGUGAUCUACGGAGGGAUGAGCGGCUGCAGACUGGGGGACCUCUGGACCCUGGACAUCGACACUCUGACGUGGAACAAGCCCAGUCUCAGCGGGGUGGCCCCUCUCCCUCGGAGCCUUCACUCAGCCACGACCAUCGGAAACAAAAUGUACGUGUUUGGUGGCUGGGUGCCUCUCGUCAUGGAUGACGUCAAAGUGGCCACACACGAGAAGGAGUGGAAGUGUACCAACACACUGGCUUGCCUCAACCUGGAUACCAUGGCCUGGGAGACCAUCCUGAUGGACACGCUGGAGGACAAUAUCCCUCGGGCCCGAGCUGGCCAUUGUGCCGUGGCCAUCAACACCCGGCUGUACAUAUGGAGUGGGCGCGAUGGCUACCGAAAGGCCUGGAACAACCAGGUCUGCUGUAAGGACCUCUGGUACCUGGAGACAGAAAAGCCACCACCCCCGGCCCGGGUACAGCUGGUACGAGCCAACACGAACUCCCUGGAGGUGAGCUGGGGGGCAGUGGCGACAGCCGACAGUUACCUUCUGCAGCUCCAGAAAUAUGACAUUCCUGCCACGGCUGCUACCGCCACCUCCCCCACACCCAAUCCAGUCCCGUCUGUGCCUGCCAACCCUCCCAAGAGCCCUGCCCCCGCAGCAGCCGCACCUGCCGUGCAGCCGCUGACCCAAGUAGGCAUCACGCUCCUGCCCCAGGCUGCCAGCGCGCCCCCAACCACCACCACCAUCCAGGUCUUGCCGACGGUGCCUGGCAGCUCCAUCUCCGUGCCCGCCGCAGCCAGGACUCCAGGUGUGCCUGCUGUUCUCAAAGUCACCGGUCCUCAGGCAACAACAGGAACCCCAUUGGUCACCAUGCGACCUGCCAGCCAGGCUGGGAAAGCCCCCGUCACCGUGACCUCCCUUCCCGCAGGCGUGCGAAUGGUUGUGCCAACGCAGAGUGCCCAGGGGACGGUGAUCGGCAGUAGCCCCCAGAUGAGCGGCAUGGCUGCGCUGGCAGCCGCCGCCGCCGCCACACAGAAGAUCCCUCCUUCCUCAGCGCCCACAGUGCUGAGCGUCCCGGCAGGCACCACCAUCGUCAAGACUGUGGCCGUGACACCUGGCACCACCACCCUCCCGGCCACUGUAAAGGUGGCCUCCUCGCCAGUCAUGGUGAGCAACCCCGCCACCCGGAUGCUGAAGACCGCAGCCGCGCAGGUGGGAACGUCGGUCUCUUCCGCUGCCAACACAUCCACCCGCCCCAUCAUCACGGUCCACAAGUCAGGGACUGUGACAGUGGCCCAGCAAGCCCAGGUGGUGACCACCGUGGUGGGUGGAGUUACCAAGACCAUCACCCUGGUGAAGAGCCCCAUCUCCGUCCCUGGAGGCAGCGCUCUGAUUUCCAACCUGGGCAAAGUGAUGUCAGUGGUUCAGACCAAACCGGUUCAGACCUCGGCAGUCACGGGCCAGGCAUCUACGGGCCCAGUGACUCAGAUCAUCCAGACCAAAGGGCCGCUGCCAGCCGGGACCAUCCUGAAGCUGGUGACCUCAGCAGACGGCAAGCCCACCACCAUCAUCACUACCACGCAGGCCAGCGGGGCAGGGACUAAGCCCACCAUCCUGGGCAUCAGCAGUGUGUCCCCGAGCACCACCAAGCCUGGCACAACCACCAUCAUCAAGACCAUCCCCAUGUCGGCCAUCAUCACGCAGGCUGGCGCCACAGGUGUGACCAGCAGUCCUGGCAUCAAGUCCCCCAUCACCAUCAUCACCACCAAAGUGAUGACUUCAGGAACUGGAGCACCGGCCAAAAUCAUCACCGCUGUCCCUAAGAUCGCCACUGGGCACGGGCAGCAAGGAGUGACUCAGGUGGUGCUGAAAGGGGCCCCUGGACAGCCGGGCACCAUCCUCCGCACCGUGCCCAUGGGGGGGGUCCGCCUGGUCACUCCUGUCACGGUCUCUGCCGUCAAGCCAGCUGUCACCACAUUGGUUGUGAAGGGCACCACAGGCGUCACAACCCUCGGCACAGUGACGGGCACCGUUUCCACUAGCCUUGCCGGAGCCGGAGGCCACAGUACAAGCGCCUCCCUGGCCACGCCCAUCACCACGUUGGGCACCAUCGCCACCCUCUCAAGCCAAGUGAUCAACCCCACUGCCAUCACCGUGUCGGCAGCUCAGACCACGCUGACGGCGGCCGGCGGGCUCAGCACCCCCACCAUCACCAUGCAGCCUGUCUCCCAGCCAACCCAGGUGACUCUCAUCACGGCACCCAGUGGUGUCGAGGCUCAGCCUGUGCACGACCUGCCUGUGUCCAUUCUAGCCUCACCUACUACAGAACAGCCCACGGCCACUGUCACUAUCGCCGACUCGGGUCAGGGAGAGGUACAGCCAGGCACCGUGACCCUGGUGUGCUCGAAUCCGCCCUGCGAGACGCACGAGACGGGCACCACUAACACGGCCACCACCACUGUCGUAGCUAACCUUGGGGGGCAGCCACAGCCCGCCCAUGUGCAAUUCGUCUGUGACAGACAGGAGGCAGCUGCUUCCCUUGUGACCUCGACGGUUGGGCCGCAGAAUGGCAGCGUGGUCCGCGUCUGCUCCAACCCGCCGUGUGAGACGCACGAGACAGGCACCACUAACACAGCCACCACCGCUACGUCCAACAUGGCCGGGCCACACAGCUGCUCCAACCCGCCCUGCGAGACGCACGAGACAGGCACCACCAGCACCGCCACCACCGCCGUGUCCAGCAUCGGCGCCGGCCAGCAGCGGGAUGUGCGGCGUGUUUGCGUGGCCAGCACCGCGCCCGCUGUGCUCCGGGUUGGUGUGGCUGCUGGGGCAUCAGAGGGAGCCCAGAUGUCUGUCAAGCCAUUGUGCCAAACCCGCCAGACCAGCGUGACCAGCGCCACCAUGACUGUGAUGGCCACCGGCGUGACCCCGUGCUCAGCUUUCGUGCAGCUGGCCCCUGUGAGCGGCCAGGUCCGAGCCAGCAUUCUCGGAGGCAAGGACAGUCCCAUGGCUGGCCUGAGUCCGCUGGUCUCCAUUGGCCGCCAGCUGGAGGCCCACCACACCCACACAACCAACACGCCCACCACGGUCCGCUCUGCCAUGGGGGCCGGGGAGCCUGGCGAGGCCCGGGGGACCCCCAUGCCCGCAUACGAGAGCUCACCAGGCGCCACCGUGACUGUGCCAGCCCUGGAGGCACUGCUGUGCCCUUCAGCCACCGUGACCCAAGUCUGCUCCAACCCACCCUGCGAGACCCACGAGACGGGCACCACCAACACCGCCACUACCUCGAACGCAGGCAGCGCCCAGCGGGUCUGCUCCAACCCGCCUUGCGAGACCCAUGAGACGGGCACCACGCACACACCCACCACGGCCACCUCCGGUGGGGGUGCGGGCCAGCCCGAGGGAGGGCAGCAGCCCCCUGCCGGCCGCCCCUGCGAGACGCACCAGACCACUUCCACUGGCACCACCAUGUCAGUCGGCAUGGGCGCCCUGCUCCCCGAUACCGUUCCCUCCCAUAGGACCCUAGAGUCCGGCUUGGAGGUGGCAGCACCGGCCACCGUCGCCGCCCAGGCUGCUGCUUCGUUGCUGGCUCCGUUCCCGACGCAGAGGGUUUGCUCCAACCCGCCUUGUGAGACGCAUGAGACAGGCACCACGCACACGGCCACCACCGUCACCUCCAACAUGAGCUCGAACCAAGAUCCCCCACCAGCCGCCAGUGACCAGGGAGAGGUGGAGAGCACCCAGGGUGACAGUGUGAACAUCACCAGCUCCAGUGCCGUUACAACGACCGUGUCCUCCACCCUGACACGGGCUGUGACCACUGUAACACAGUCCACGCCCGUCCCAGGCCCCUCGGUGCCGAAGAUCUCAUCAGUGACUGAGGCUACCCCAGGGGCUCUGACCACCGAAGUCCCCAUCCCGGCCACGAUAACAGUGACCAUAGCCAACACAGAAACUUCUGACAUGCCCUUCUCUGCUGUUGACAUCCUGCAGCCCCCAGAGGAACUCCAGGCCUCGCCAGGGCCUCGCCAGCAGCUGCCGCCACGGCAACUCCUGCAGCCCGCCUCUACACCCCUGCUGGGGGAGUCCGCCGAGGUCCUGUCAGCCUCCCAGACCCCUGAGCUCCAGGCCGCCGUGGAUCUGAGCAGUACAGGGGACCCAUCUCCGGGCCAGGAGCCUGCCAGCUCAGCCGUGGUGGCCACGGUGGUGGUCCAGCCGCCCCCACCCACACAGUCUGACGUAGACCAGUUGUCCCUCCCCCAAGAGCUGAUGGCCGAGGCCCAGGCGGGCACCACCACCCUCAUGGUGACGGGGCUCACCCCCGAGGAGCUGGCAGUCACUGCUGCCGCUGAAGCGGCUGCCCAGGCCGCAGCCACGGAGGAGGCCCAGGCCCUGGCUAUCCAGGCAGUGCUCCAGGCCGCGCAGCAGGCCGUCAUGGCAGGCACCGGGGAGCCCAUGGACACGUCCGAGGCGGCAGCGGCUGUGACGCAGGCGGAGCUGGGCCACCUGUCGGCCGAGGGCCAAGAGGGCCAGGCCGCCACCAUCCCCAUCGUGCUGACGCAGCAGGAGCUGGCGGCACUCGUGCAGCAGCAGCAACUACAGGAGGCGCAGGCGCAGCAGCAGCAGCACCUCCCCACCGAGGCCUUGGCCCCCGCCGACAGCCUCAACGACCCAGCCAUUGAGGGCAACUGCCUCAACGAGCUGGCCGCGGCCGUGCCCAGCACCGUGGCCCUGCUGCCCCCCACGGCCACCGAGAGCCUGGCUCCGUCCAACACGUUUGUGGCUCCACAGCCGGUGGUGGUGGCCAGCCCCGCCAAGCUGCAGGCCGCGGCCACCCUGACUGAAGUGGCCAAUGGCAUCGAGUCCCUGGGUGUGAAGCCGGACUUGCCACCCCCACCCAGCAAGGCGCCUGUGAAGAAGGAGAACCAGUGGUUUGAUGUGGGGGUCAUUAAGGGUACCAAUGUAAUGGUGACACACUAUUUCCUGCCACCAGAUGACGCCAUCCCUUCUGACGAUGACUCGGGCACCGUCCCCGACUAUAACCAGCUGAAGAAGCAGGAGCUGCAGCCGGGCACAGCCUAUAAGUUCCGCGUGGCCGGGAUCAAUGCCUGCGGCCGGGGACCCUUCAGCGAGAUCUCAGCCUUUAAGACGUGUCUGCCUGGUUUCCCGGGGGCCCCCUGUGCCAUUAAAAUCAGCAAAAGUCCAGAUGGUGCGCACCUGACGUGGGAGCCGCCGUCUGUGACCUCCGGCAAGAUCAUCGAGUACUCGGUGUACCUGGCCAUCCAGAGCUCGCAGGCCGGUGGUGAGCCCAAGAGUUCCACGCCGGCCCAGCUGGCCUUCAUGCGGGUGUACUGCGGGCCCAGCCCGUCCUGCCUGGUGCAGUCAUCCAGCCUCUCCAACGCCCACAUCGACUACACCACCAAGCCCGCCAUCAUCUUCCGCAUCGCCGCCCGCAAUGAGAAGGGCUAUGGCCCAGCCACCCAAGUGAGGUGGUUGCAAGAAACCAGUAAAGACAGCUCUGGCGCCAAGCCAGCCAGCAAGCGGCCCAUGUCCUCUCCGGAAAUGAAAUCCGCUCCAAAGAAAUCUAAGGCAGAUGGUCAGUGAGAGGCAGCUCCCCUGCACCUGGACCCUUCGCCGGACCCCCCCCCUUCUGCUUCUCGGGAACGCCACCUGCCAGGGCCCCCCUGUCCUCCCCACCCGGCGCUCACACUUCACCCUCAGGAGCCACUAGCCGCCACUCAUUCUCUCUCCCUCUCUGUUUUUAAAAUAAUCGCAAGAAAGCACAUUGCACCGCUGCUGUGGGAGGAAGCAGAACGCGGAUCUGGAAGAGCAGUGAGCAAGUGAGACGUGUGCCCUCCUCCCCCUUCUUCCCGCCGGUGCCAUCCUCCCGGAGCUGAGCAGGCCCCGCGUUCUGAGGCCCUCGAGGGAGCUAGACAGAGGCUUUGGACGAAGCAGAUGCGCCUUGGAGACCAGGACGCACGUGCCUCUGGCAGCUGGUCACCUUGGUUCCGAGGGGGCGGCCAAGGGCGGGAGGGGCUGUAGCAUGGAAGCAGAAGAA